AUGUCAGUGGUCAGGAUGGCCAGCACAGGAUCCGAAAUUGAAAUGUACAGAGUGGCCUCCCGUGCCUCUUGUUCUCUCUUAGAAGCAGCGUUCGCAUAUAUCGCCGCCAUAGGGUCUACAUUACACACUAUUACAGAACAGACACAUAAUGCGCCGAAAUCUAACCACCCACCACCAAAUGGCGGCCCCGUGGCAUGGCUGCAAGUCCUCGCGGGCCACCUUUUCGUGUUUAACACCUGGGGCUAUGCCAACAGCUUUGGCAUCUUCCAAGCCUACUACGCCUCAUGGCUCUCCCUACCUGCCUCUACCAUCUCCUGGGUCGGUAGUGUCCAGGUGUUCCUCAUUUUUCUAAUCGGCUCGGUCUCAGGGCGGGCAUUUGAUACUGGGUAUUACCGGCCAGUUUUGGGGAUCGGGUGUGCAAUGCAGAUAGUGGCCGUCUUCAUGACGAGCCUCUGCACAAAGUACUGGCAAGUUUUUCUAGCCCAAGGUGUGUGUCAGGGCCUAGGAAAUGGCCUCAUCGUCUGCCCAACAAUUGCGUCGGUGUCAACAUACUUCACCACAAAAUGGACAAUCGCCAUCUCGACAGCUGCAAGCGGUGCUGCAAUGGGGGAAUUGUCUUCCCGAUCAUUGGGGAGAAGCUACUGCCUCAAAUUGGCUUCCCCUUGA